AUGGGAAAGCACCUGUUGCUGCUACUGCUGGGCCUCUCCUUGUUAUGGGGAUUCCUGCAAGCUCUGACGUGUGUCCAGUGCCCUCRUAUCAAUGCUAAAGGGAUUUGCAAGAGUGAGAAAAGCUCCUGUCAGGCUCAUGGCAGCCAGCAAUGCUUCCUGAGGAAAGUCUAUGAAGGUGACAGAUUCCUGUAUGGGUACCAGGGCUGUAGUGACUUGUGCAUUCCCAUGUCCCUCUUCAACCGAAAUGUGAAAGUGGAUUUAAUGUGCUGCAGUAACACAUCUUUCUGUAACAGGCUUUAG